CUGAAAAUGGGACCAGAGACUCUUCUAAUAGAAAUUCUUUUUCCCAUUCUUGCAAUCUUUGGUAUUCCUGCGAACCUGAUGACAGUGUUGGUUCUUUCUCAAGGGAAGUGCAGCCUUUCCAAAGGAAUCACUUGCUACAUGACAGCCAUGGUGACAGGAGAUCUGAUGGUCCUUGUCUUCAAUGUCAUUGUGAGCCAGAUCAUCAGGUAUUAUUUCCCCGGCUCGCUGCUGAGAUACACACAUGCCUGCCGACUCAAUGCCUUCCUGCAAGGGCUGAGCCUGCAACUCUCCAUCUGGUUUACCAUAGCCUUCACCUUUGACCGCUUUGUAGCAAUUUGCUGCCACAGAUUGAAAGCAAGGUAUUGCACUGAAAGAAUGGCUCACGUGGUCAUAUCCACCUUGUGUGCACUUAACAUUUUGGCCAACAUUCCCCUGUCUAUCCGGUACGUGCCCAUUUACGUUCUGAACAAUGUCCAGUGGGGCUGCCGCACCGUCAGUGGUUAUCAAACUUCACCGGUCUGGGCAGCUCACCGGUGGCUCACCAACAUCUCAAACACAUUUCUUCCUACUCCCCUGCUGCUGUUAUUGAAUUCUCUCACUGCCCAGCACAUUCUAGUGGCCAGCAGAGCUCGCCAGGCCUUGAAGAGCAAAACUGGUGGUGUUAGAGAGAUGGGGAGAGAUCCCGAGCUGAAAAGCAGGAAGACCUCUAUCGUUCUGCUCUUUACCAUCUCCAGCUGCUUCAUGGUGCUGUCGGCGCCCAUCACUGUGAUCCACAUCUUUAUUGGCUUCACGCAGGUUGUGUUUUUCCAAGGUUCAAGCUCGCUAUAUUUGGCUAUCAGAGCGACGUUACUGCUAUUGUGCACCAGCUCCUGCACAAACACUUGUAUUUACGCACUGACCCAGAGGAGAUUCAGAGAGGAGAUGAAGAAUAUAGUGAGAUCUCCUUAUUCCCUUCUCUGUAAGCUACGGAAAUAA